GAACAAAGGUAGUAAAUAAAGUAAUUUUACUAAUUUUUAAUUUUGGAUUAUAGGAGUACCAUUUUAAAAAUAAAAUAAAAUUAUAGUUUAAAAAUAAACAUUGACUUGUCAAAAAUAAUAAAAACACAAUGAUAGGGAUGUGUUUGGUUGGGCCUUGGGCGUGUAGAAAGCAACAUCGCUCCCUUCAACUUUCUUCUUCUUCUUCACAGCUCAGCUCAACUCAACUCAACUCAACUCGUUCUUUCUUUUCUUUGCAACAAUCACACGAUUCCGCCUUAAAACUCAAAAUUUUCAACAAUAAAGUUAUUGUUCCUUCAGGCUCAUGUCAAGCGGUGAUACCAUGUGUUCUCUAAAUGAUAAGGACUUGUGUCUGAACCCUAAUCUUGAUAUCACGAUAGAUGAAGGAUCUCCAAACACUGAACAACUACUUGAGGUUGUGGACGAGGGCAACGAGCUUGAGAAUGGUUGUAGUCAAUUGUUUGGGCUUGAUGGAAGCGAACAUGAAAAUGGACGAGAUGAAACAACUGUAGUUGACAGUCACAAUGGAGAAUCUCAAGGAAAAAAAGACUACACCCAACCUGUUGUGGGAAUGGAGUUUGAAACUUACGAUGAUGCCUAUAACUAUUAUAAUAGCUAUGCUAGGGAGAUUGGAUUUGCUAUUCGGGUCAAAUCUUCGUGGGCCAAACGUAACAGUAAAGAGAAGCGUGGUGCUGUCUUGUGCUGUAACUGUGAGGGUUUCAAAACAAUUAAAGAAGCUAAUAGUCAUAGGAAAGAAACAAGAACAGGCUGUCUAGCAAUGAUUAGAUUGAGAUUAGUGGAAUCUAACAUGUGGAGGGUCGAUGAAGUUAAGCUUGAGCAUAACCAUUCAUUUGAUCCUGAGAGAGCUCAAAACUCUAAAUCGCAUAAGAGGACGGACAGUGGAACCAAAAGAAAAGUUGAGCCAACUCUUGAUGUUGAAGUACGGACAAUCAAGUUAUAUCGCCCACCAACUGUAGAUGCUUCCGGUUAUGGGAGCUCAAAUUCUAAUGAAGGAGGAACUAGCAACAAUGUUAAAUUUUCCAGGAGUUUGAAACUUAAAAAAGGCGAUGCAAAACUGAUUUCAAAUUACUUCUGCCACUGUCAACUCACGAGUCCUAACUUUUUCUAUGUGAUGGAUCUAAAUGAUGAUGGACAACUAAGGAACAUAUUUUGGAUUGAUUCUAGAUCUAGGUCUGCAUUUAAUUAUUUUGGUGAUGUGGUUGCAUUCGACUCAACAUAUUUGUCGAACAAUUAUGAGAUUCCCCUUGUUGCAUUUGUUGGUGUUAAUCACCACGGUCAAUCUGUUUUGCUAGGAUGUGGUAUGCUUGCAGAUGAGACAUUUGAAACAUAUAUUUGGUUAUUUAGGGCAUGGCUUACUUCUAUGUCUGGUCGCCCUCCACAAACUAUUGUUACAAACCAAUCUAAGACCGUGCGAAGUGCAAUAGCAGAGGUUUUUCCGAGGGCUCACCAUAGAAUUUGCCUACUACAAGUAAUGCAGAGUAUCUGUGGAUUUAUGGUGCAGUUUCAAGAAUAUGAGGCGCUUCAGAUGGCGCUAACAAAAGUCAUAUAUGACCCUAAAACAAUAGAUGAAUUUGAAAGGGAUUGGGAUGCCCUGAUCCAGCAUUUUGGAAUAAGAAAUCACGAAAAGCUCCAAACCUUGCAUGAGGAACGAGAACACUGGGCUCCAGUUUACUCCAAGGACACAUUUUUUGCUGGAAUUUAUGAUUAUGAAAAGGGUGAAUCUGUGGUUCCGUAUUUCAAGGGUCAUGUGCAUCAACAAACUUCUUUGAAAGAUUUUUUUGAGAUUUAUGAAUUAGUUCAACAACAGAAGCAAAAAACUGAAGCUCUUGAUGAUUUGGAGUCGCAAAAUUCAAACCGGUUACUAAAAACAAGUUGCUACUAUGAGCUGCAACUCUCUAAAUUGUACACAAAUGCAAUAUUCAGGAAGUUGCAAGAUGAGGUGGUAAUGAUGUCUUCCUGUUUCUGCGUCUCACAAGUUCAAACAAACGAGUCUAUAGUAACAUACAUGGUAAAAGAAGAUCAAGGAAAAGAUCAAGGAGAAGAACCAGUAAGAGAUGAUAGGCAUUUUGAAGUGCUGUAUGAUAAAGCGGUAGCCGAAGUACGCUGCAUUUGUAGUUGCUUUAACUUCAAAGGAUACCCAUGCAGGCAUGCCUUGUAUAUCCUUAAUUGCAAUGGCGUGGAGGAAAUUCCACGUCAAUAUAUUUUGUCUAGAUGGAGGAAAGAUUUUAAGCGAUUGUAUGUACCACAUCUCAACUCAGAUGAUGUUGAUAUUACCAACCCAGUUCAGUGUUUUGAUCAUUUGUACAAACGUGCUAUGCAAGUAGUUGAAGAAGGCAUGAUUUCCGAAAAUCAUUAUAUAGUUUCUUGGCAGACAUUUAAAGAGUCUUUGAAUAAGAUUCGCCGGACAAGUUUGAAUAUAUAAAUCAAGAAUAAUGCUAAUAUGCUGUGCAUAAUGUAACUAUUCAGCUUUUUCAUUUGCCUAGCUUUGGCACAUAAAUUGUUCUUCUAUAGUUAUGAAGUUUGCAAAAUCAUGUAAAAAGCAUAGAAUGUGAAUUCACAGUUGUAUAAACAACUAUAGUGGUUGGUCAUGGCGUCAUGCAGCUGUUAAGGUCAUCAAACCCUUACUGGAAAUACAUGUCUGUAUGUUUGGUGAGCCUACAUACAUAUUCUGAUGAACAUAGGAAGUAGUUUGGUUCUGAGACAUGAUAUGCCAAGCUUUUAUUGGCUCUUUCAAUUGUUGUAACUUUCCAUCUAAGUGAAGAACUAUGUUCACAACUGUAAAUUGUUUUCAUGGUUUUCUAGAUACUUAGUGUGGGAUUUUCUAUGCUAAACUACUCUCUCCGGUCUCUCAUAUAUAUAUAUAUAUAUAUAUAUAUAUAUAUAUAUAUAUA